UCAUUGCCUGCAGGAGCUGCACUUGUCCUCGGACUUCCUGUACCGAGCUGUGACUCCAGCUGAGUUAAUAAACCUUUCUUCUGACUCGAGGACUCUUCCAGCAGCUUCAUGUCUCUGGCGGCUGAAGCCUUCGUGUCGCAGAUGGCAGCUGCUGAGCCAUGGCCUGAGAGUGCGACCUUGUACCAGCCGCUGAAGGAGGAUCAGAUUCUGCUCUCGGACUGCGCCUCGUCUCUCGCUGUGCAGGCCUACCUCCGGAUGUGUGGUUUACCUGUGCAGGUGGUUUGCAGAGCGAAUGCUGAAUACAUGUCUCCUUCUGGUAAGAUCCCUUUUAUUCAUGUAGGAAACCAGGUGGUGUCAGAACUCGGGCCGAUAGUACAAUUCACCAAAGCAAAGGGUCAUUCUCUGAGCGACGGUCUGGAUGAUGUUCAACGAGCUGAAAUGAAAGCGUACAUGGAGCUGGUCAACAACAUGCUGCUUACUGCUGAGCUGUUCAUCCAGUGGUGUGAUGAUGCCACAGCAGCUGAGAUUUCUCGUCCUCGAUACAGCAGUCCGUACUCGUGGCCACUGAGUAAUGUCCUGGCCUAUAACAAGCAGUGGGAGGUUAAGAGGAAGAUGAACGCCAUCGGCUGGGGAGGGAAAACGCUGGCGCAGGUUUAUGAAGAUGUCAGUCAGUGCUGCCAGGCGCUUUCUCAGAGGCUGGGAACACAACAGUUCUUCUUUAAUAAACAGCCCACGGAGCUGGACGCCUUGGUGUUCGGUCACCUGUUCACUAUCCUGACGACCCGACUGACCAGCACCGAGCUCGCCGAGCGGAUCAAGACUUACGACAACCUGCUGUCGUUCUGCAGACGCAUCGAACAAACCUACUUCGAAGACAAGAGCUCCUGAGAACAACGACUCCUCCUGUUGUACAUCCUUGUCUUCCUGUCUGUCAUUCCCUCUCUGUAGCACUGAGAAACUAAAAACUCCAUAUGAUCACAUCUUAUACAGGAGCAUGUCCCCUCUUGAUUCGUCCCCUUUAAUAUUCCUGCUUGUAAAUUGAUGCUGGUCCCAGUUCAGAGGAGUCAGUCCACUAAAGGAUUUAUCUCCAAAUAGCUCCAGCACCAAACUACCCAGAAAUCAGGGUAAAGAUGUAGGGAAUACAAAUAUUGAUGACUAUGAACUCUUUAGACUAAAGGCCAGUGUUAAAACGUCAGACUUCACUACAGCAGGCGGAUACGUUGCGAAACUUAUUUAUUUACACUUUGCUUUUCCAUCUUUUCCACUCGGCUCCACAAGAAUAGUCAGACUCAGAGGUUGUGUUUGGAUUUGACAGCUGUGACACGGACGGCGGGAUUCCACAUGAACUGUUGUUCUUUUCCUAAGAGACUUAAGAAGCUUGUAAGAAACAGUCUGGACAUAACUUAAAAUAUAAAUGUUUAAUUUCUCCUGUAAAAAAAAAGAAAAGCAUGUGAACAUAAUGAUGAAGAGGAUGUGAUUUAUUUCUUAGUUUUUCAACUUUUGUGUGAAUGGAAAGUGCCUCCAAAAUAAAAGUCAUUCAACUCAA